AUGCUCCCAACACCAUCAACAUCGCACGUCUCAUUCGACAACAUCUAUGAGCCAGCGGAAGACUCGUAUCUCUUCUUGGACACGCUGUCUUCCGCGUCAGAAGCAGCCUGGCUUUCACAUCGGUUCUCAUCUACAGACCCGCCCCUCGUUGUCGAAGUAGGCUGCGGAUCGGGGGUAGUAUUGGCCUUUACCGCCGCCAACUCGAGAGAGAUUUUCGGCAGAGAGGAUAUUCUGGCGCUGGGGACAGACGUCAACGGCGAUGCCUGCAGGGCAACACGACAGACGGUACUCACCGCGAUUGAGGACAAGAGGAGGGAGAGAGAAAAGACAGAAGACAACACACCCGACAAAGACGCUGGAAAGCAACAACAGACACAAUUCAUAGCCUCCCUGACCGGCGACUUGUGCAGUCCCCUUCGACCAGGCAGCGUGGAUGUCCUCCUGUUCAACCCGCCAUAUGUGCCCACGCCAGACGUCCCGCCAUUGCCGUCAUCUACAGAAAAGGACAGCGAUCCAGACGAGAAGCAGACAUUAUCUCGAAGCGCCAAAUUCGAGCGCGACUCGUACCUCCUCUCGCUCUCCUACGCAGGCGGCCUCGACGGGAUGGAGAUAACCAACCGGUUCCUAGAGGCCAUUCCGACGGUACUCAACCCGCACCGGGGCGUGGCGUACGUCCUGCUCUGCGCGCAAAACAAGCCCGAAGAGGUCAAAGAGCGCCUGCGACGAGGUGGAUGGCAGGCGGAGACGGUCGGGCGGAGCGGGAUGCAGGCGGGGUGGGAGAAGUUGGUGAUUGUGAGGAUCUGGCGGGAUCAGAAGUAG